GCCAAGAACAAGGAGUCUGUGCCCCACCGACCGUCUCUACCAGGUCGACGCGUCAGUAGUUUUUUGCUUGCUAGAUCAAACUCUGGGCCUGCUUUUGGCUUUGACUUUGGUGGAAUUUCUACUGUAUUGCACUAGAAUCAGGGAAUGUGGUCCCUGCCGCUCGUUACUUAAUUCAAACCGUCUCCCUGUCUGUCUUUUAGAGAUCCAAUAUCCCAUCCCACGACUGCUUCUCCUUCAAUGUUACGUCUAUGGACGACGUGCGACGACACCAUCGAAAUCCACGAGCCACGACAACGAUACCACGACCGUCUUCUCUUCUGCGAUCACAUUUGACAUAAUUUUUUUUUUUACCUUUUUUAAACUUCCCGGUCCCACCUUGAAGAUCGACCGAACUACCUACGGCUACCGUACAAGUUAAUUGCCCCAUCUACCAAUACCGAUCUCCCUCCCUGGCCUCCUAUUCCUCGACCACGACCACAUCUACAACUUCAAUCUUGUCUUCGACGGCUGUCGCAGGCGCCACGAUACGGCGCUUUUCAUGUCCUCCAGACUCCGACUGCUACCGAUCACAAUACCUACCGCCGUGGUAGGAUCUUCCUCGCCAUGGACUUGAUCAGGAGGGCCACCAAGGUGGCUCCCAGCAAACCUCCUCUACAACUUCCCCUCGACGAGAAGAGGGAUUCCAAACAUAACAAGUCGGUCGAUUCUCGCAUGGCCUUUUUCCGAAGACCCCUGCGACUAAAGGGGAACUCUACAAUUUCCGUGCCUCUGGGCGUGGUUGUCUUUUUUCCAAUGCUUGUUUUAAUCCUUAUUUUUAUUCUCUUCGUCAGCCAUCCCAGUUCCCCCGGCAGGUUUCUGAUACCAGGGGGUGCUCCCCCCAAGAUGCGGAAAAUCAGCGAAAAGUACGAUAAGGUGUUCGUCGAGGGCUGCGCCCAGCCUGACACCAGCCAACCUCGAGCCAACGCCGCAUUUGUGAUAUUAGCGCGAAACAAGGAGAUCGAUGGUGUUUUGCAAUCCAUAAAAUCAGUCGAGAGACAUUUCAAUCGCUGGUAUCAUUACCCCUAUGUGUUCCUCAACGAUGGUGAUUUCGACGACAACUUCAAGGAGGCUGUUAGAAACCACACCUCCGGAGAUGUUGAGUUUGGAAAGGUUGGACCAGACAUGUGGGGGUUCCCCGAUUGGAUUGACCCCAAGGUAGCUUCAGAGGGUAUUGCCAAGCAGGGUGACGCUGCCGUCAUGUACGGAGGCCUAGAGAGCUACCACAAAAUGUGCAGAUUCUACUCUGGCUUUUUCUUCAACCACCCCUUAUUACUCAAGUAUGAGUGGUACUGGCGAGUCGAGCCCGAGAUCAGCUACUUUUGCGACAUCACAUACGACCCUUUCCAGAAAAUGAUCGAACACAACAAAACAUAUGGCUUCACCAUCGCCGUCAAGGAACUUCGAGAGACUGUCCCCAAUAUCUUUCGAUACGCCUCCGCCUACAAGCGACUUAACAACAUCACAUCGAAGGGCUUGUGGGAAAUGUUCGUCGAGCCACCAGAGGACGAUGACGAGGACGCUUCUAAGGACAGCGAUACCUCGCCAAAUCCCGAGAAGAGUUUCUGGGAUACCCUCACGGGUAAAAAGGAGAACAUUGUCGACCCUGAGUCAAUGGAGGGAGAGACCUACAACAUGUGCCACUUUUGGUCCAAUUUCGAAAUUGCGAAGCUCAGCUGGUUCCGCAGCAAGGAGUACCAGGACUUCUUUGAAAUGAUGGACAGAAGCGGUGGCUUUUGGAUGGAACGAUGGGGCGAUGCUCCUAUUCACUCCCUUGCCGCUGGCGCUCUCCUCGGGCCCCAGGAUAUCCAUUACUUCCGAGACUUUGGUUACCGACAUACAACGAUUCAGCAUUGCCCUGCCAAUGCGCCGGGCAAACAGCUCGAACGUGAGCCCUACCUAGAAAAGACAACAUUCCCCGAGUAUAAGAGAUUUGAGGAAGACGACUACUGGGAGCAUUGGGACGACGUGCAAGAAGGUGGCAUUGGCUGUCGCUGCAGAUGUGAUACAGACGUUGUCGACGUUGAAGGCAAAGAGGGAUCAUGUCUUGCAGAAUGGGUCGACGUUGCUGGCGGCUGGGAGCAUCCGUACUAGGCCACUUUAGACUUGAGCUGUCUUGAGUAUGGACUCUAACAAACGGAUCAUCAUCAGCAUUCGAGCACUGCGAUUAUCAACCAAACAUCAACGGCGCUUCAGGGGCAUAAGCAACUUCAUUCGACUAGGUCAAAGGAAUUAUUACACAUUCGGGGACAGGGAAAAUAAAAGAGGGUGCGGCGUUUUGUUUUUGUCCCGAGCAUCCUGCCUUUGCCUUAGCCAUGGCCGGGAUACUCGUCUAUCAUUGUACUAAAGGGAUAGGGCACGCGCAUCGUGGGGAAUCUGCUGCAUACACGGCUUGGGAGGUCUUUGUCAAGAUGAUCUAAGAGAAGAUGGAUUUACAAUCUACUCUAGAUGUCAGAGAACCCGUUGGUAUUAAUGAUACAUGUAGGAUGAGGACCGGCUCAUUCUACAACCACAGAGAAGUGGUUUUGUUGCAUGUCUCUUUUGGUGGUAUUAUGCAUAAGUGAUCGCCCUGACCUUAAUUUAUGGUUCUUACUACUGCAAACCUUGAGCCUCAUGCACCCAUCCCUUAAGUGUGUAGAUU